GGAUGCAAGGAACUUCCACCAAUGUGCACGUUCACGACGGCCAUUUGCUAUUGUACCCGACACCUGGCUUCUGCUGGUCUGUCGUGUCGUGGAGUCGUGGAUCAACGGUGCUGUCGUGCGCCUCCCAUGAACGUAGUCCGCCAUCUCCGUUGGCGCAUUGUGCCAUGGCCAUCGGUUGGCCGACGUGUGCAUGGUCUCGCGGGUGACUUCAUGCGUCGUGGGCUUGUGGCGGAUGUGCAACCGCUGUGGGGACGUGCGGAACUGUCUGCGAUGGGGGGAAGCAGAGUGCUUCAAGGUGCGUCACCCGCAAUCGGCAUGUUGUCGGUCGUUGGAGUUGCACAAGCGCCGAGAAACUCGGAAGUCCACCAGAGGAGAAUGUCGGUUGACGUGCAGGCGAGGGGGGUGGACGGCAGUUCACCUGACCUUUUUAGCGCAAUGGACAGCAGGGGAUAUCGACAGUGGCACGAAGAAGGCAGGAGCGACGCCAGAAUCGGGUUUCUGGGGAACACGGCCGGCGAGACAGGGGAGGCCGUUGUCGAGGGUACGGGGAUGGGAAACCGUGGGGAGAGAACGCAGAAGAAUGACGAUGAUGGAACGACAUCCGCGGCGGUGGACAAGAUUGAUGAAGGAGUCGGUGAUCGGACCAAACCGCGUCCCGCAGGUGGACGGGAAAGGAAAGGGGGCAGCUCACCACGACCGCCGAAGAAGAACAACCCCUGGUCUUUGGAAGAGAGAUUGAACCUCGCGAAGUUGGCCAGUGAGGACGACGCCGUGAUGGUCGACGCCGAAGGUGCUCAAGCGUGCAUGACGAGGUCGAAAAGAUGGGAGUGGGUUGCAGAAAGGCUUGGAGACAUCAGUUACUCUAGGACGACAGAAGACUGCAGGAAGAAAUGGGCGGAGAUGGUGAAGAAGCUAGGGGUUAGCUUGACGUUCGAGCGGCAGUGGUGGGACGCUAUGGAGUGGUAUCGGUUGAAGAAGUCGGUGGCGUGUAACGACACACUGGCUUCGGAAGAUUUGAGAGGGGGCGGAUCACCGAGCGGCUGCGAGACGGGUUCGGAGGGUGGUGGGACAGAUGCUUCAGACACCGCCACCAAGACACGACGUACGUCAAGCGGGAAAGCCCGGGGGGGUGAUUCUCCAAUGUCGAUGUACAGCAUGGCAUCGGUGAUGGAGGAGUCAACGAGGGCGUUGUGUGAGGGUUUGGACAAGGCUGGCAACACAUUGGCUCGUUCGUCGACGGAUGGAUCCAGGAUGAUUGCCAUGGAGAUCGGGGCUGUCGCCAGCGCGAUGCGACAGGGCAAUGCCGUUUUGGAAAUGCUUGUCGGGGUUAUGGCGGCGAGAGGUGCAGGGAGUGGUCGGGGAGCGGACGACAACCGCGAUACGGACCCCUCCACAAGGUAGUGACCGAUCAUCGGCGACGUGGCUUCCAAUUCCGACCCACCUGCGGAAAGGAGGGGGGGGGAAAUAAAAUGGGGGAAUUUUU